UGCCACAGACUGGGGAUUUAUAUUCUCCUUCCUUCCUAUGACAACCCAAUGGAAUUUGUUGUGAUUGCAGAACUCUAGUUUCACUUUCAGCUUGUUAAAUGACAAUAGCUUUAGAACUAGUUUAAGACUUAUUCGGACAGGUUGCAACAAGGAAAAUGGACGAGAAAACACCGCUAAUAAUCAAGCCCACAUCGCGCACAAGCAAUGCCAGGCUAUACCUCGCAGUUUUUUCUGCUGUUUUGGGGAAUUUCAAUUUCGGCUAUUCCUUGGUGUACCCCUCUCCAGUGAUCCCUCAACUCAAAAACAGUGAUAACCCCCAAUUGAGGAUGGACACAGAACAGAUAGCCUGGUUUGGGUCUAUUUUCACACUGGGGGCUGCAGCAGGAGGACUUGGUGCCAUGUUUCUGAAUGACCUGAUUGGCCGGAAGUUGAGCAUCAUGGUGUCAGCAGUCCCCUCAACAGUCGGGUACAUUAUGAUGGGAGGGGCACAGGCUACUUGGAUGCUACACCUGGGCAGGUUCCUGACUGGUAUCGCUGGUGGCAUGACUGCUGCUUCCAUACCUGUGUAUAUAUCGGAGAUCUCCCACCCCAAAGUUAGGGGAGCUUUGGGAUCGUGCCCUCAAAUCACUGCUGUGUUUGGAGCCCUGUCACUCUAUGCCCUUGGGCUGGUGGUUCCAUGGCAGUGGCUGGCUGUGGUGGGGGAGAUCCCAGCUCUGCUCAUGCUGCUGCUGCUGUGCUUCAUGCCCAGCUCUCCCCGCUACCUCAUCAUCUGUGGCAAACAGGAGCAGGCCUGCAAGGCCCUGGAGUUUCUGAGGGGGCCCGACUCAGACUUCAUGACAGAGUUCAACAGGAUUGAACUCAGUAUCUCGUCUCAGGAAAGAAUCAGGUGGUCCGAUUUGACAACACCAUUCUACUACAAGCCCAUCCUGAUCUCCAUAGUGAUGAGGUUCCUUCAGCAGAUGACUGGCAUAACUCCCAUCCUGGUGUAUCUGGAGCCCAUCUUCCAGAAGACUGAUGUCUUCCUGGAACCUAAGUAUGAUGCUGCGCUGGUGGGAGCAAUUCGGCUGCUGUCUGUGGUGAUUGCUGCCAGUUUGAUGGACAAGGCCGGAAGGAAGGCCCUCCUCUAUACCUCAGGGUUCCUGAUGUUUCUCGCUACCCUUACAAUGAACAUGUACUCCUACACCACCCCCUGCCCCUCCGGUAACCUGACUGGUACUGUGCUCCCCACAGACCUCAUAGCACAGCAGGGGGAAGCUGCCUUCAACACCAUCACCCUCAUCCCAUUAAUAAGCACCAUGGUCUUUAUAUUUGGUUAUGCUCUGGGAUGGGGCCCAAUCACUUGGCUUCUGAUGUCUGAGAUCUUGCCUCUGGGAGCACGGGGGGUCGCGUCAGGCCUGUGUGUGGGGGUCAGCUGGUUGACUGCCUUUGUCUUGAGUCAUGUCUUCAUUCAUGUGGUGGAGACCUAUGGACUGUUUGUUCCGUUCCUGUUCUUCUCGGUGGUGUGUGUGGUGAACAUCAUUUUCACCGCCGUGUAUGUCCCUGAGACCAGGAACAGGUCACUGGAGGAGAUUGAGAACUAUUUCCGGACUGGACGCAGUUUCACCAUCAUUGACACAUAGCACCUGUUUGCUGUUGAUUACUGGAGCAUUGUGGACUUAGUGGACUUCAUCAACAUGAUGCAGUCAUUUGUAUGAAUUGAUUUUAUUCAGGUGUUCAGUUCCGUGAUUUAAAUGUUUGUUAAAGGACAAAGACACUGUUCUUGGAUCUUAAUGAUAUAGUUUUAUUAAUCACUCAUACAUACUGUAUAUUUCAUUGUAAAAGGACAUUACAUAUAUACACAUGUGAAAAUACCAUGGUCUGCCUGUCAACUUCAUGUACCUGUAACAAAAGGUUAUAGGGAAUGGAGGUCAGACUGUCAAAGUAACACACAGAUAAACCAGUUUCAGAAUUAGAUGCCUUAAUUCCCUUUAGGUAUUCAAACUCGCCCUUACCCUUUGCCUUCUUCCACAAACAGCAAUGAGACAUUUUCUUUUACAACAAAAAAGAGUGAAGAUGAUCAUACACAAUUACAGUGGCAAGAAAAAGUAUGUGAACCCUUUGGAAUUACCUGGAUUUGGUCAUCAAAUUUGAUCUGAUGUGCUUAAACUAAUAACACACACAUUAUUGUAUUUUUCUUGUCUAUAUUGAAUACAUAAUUUAAACAUUCAUAGUGUAGGUUGUAAAAAGCAUGUGAACCCCUAGGCUAAUGACUUCUCCAAAAGCUAAUUGGAGUCAGGGGUCAGCUAACCUGGAGUCCAAUCAAUGAGACGAGAUUGGAGAUGUUGGUUAGAGCUGCCUUGCCCUAUAAAAAACACUCACAAAGUUUCAGUUUGCUGUUCAAAAGAAGCAUUGCCUGAUGUGAACCAUGCCUCGAACAAAAUAGAUCUCAGAAGACCUAAGAUUAAGAAUGGUUGACUUGCAUAAAGCUGGAAAGGGUUACAAAAGUAUCUCUAAAAGCCUUGAUGUUCAUUAGUCCACAGUAAGACAAAUUGUCUAUAAAUGUAGAAAGUUCAGCACUGUUGCUACUCUCCCUAGGAGUGGCCGUCCUGCAAAGUUGACUGCAUGAGCACAACGCAGAAUGCUCAAUGAGGUUAAGAAGAAUCCUAGAGAGUCAACUAAAGACUUACAGAAAUCUCUGGAACAUGCUAACAUCUCUGUUGACAAGUCUACGAUACAUUAAACACUAAACAAUAAUGGUAUUCAUGGGAGGACACCACAGAAGAAGAAACUGCUGUCCAAGAAAAACAUGGCUGCACGUCUGAAGUUUGCAAAAGUACACCUGGAUGUUCCACAGCGCUACUGGCAAAAUAUUCUGUGGACAGAUGAAACUACAGUUGAUUUGUUUGGAAGGAACACACAACACUAUUCUGUGGAGGGAGCAUCAGUUUGGGGCUGCUUUGCUGCCUCAGGGCCUGGACAGCUUGCUAUCAUCGACGGAAAAAUUAAUUCUGAAGUUUAUCAAGACAUUUUGCAGGAGAAUGUUAGGCUAUCUGCCACCAAUUGAAGCUCAACAGAAGUUGGGUGAUGCAAAAGGACAACGACCCAAAACACAGAAGUAAAUCAACAACAGAAUGGCUUCAACAGAAGAAAAUACGCCUUCUGGAGUGGCCCAGUCAGAGUCCUGACCUCAACCCGAUUGAGAUGCUGUGGCAUGACCUCAAGAGAGCAGUUCACACCAGACAUCCCAAGAAUAUUGCUGAACUGAAACAGUUUUGUAAAGAGGAAUGGUCCAAAAUUCCUCCUGACCGUUGUGCAGGUCUGAUCCACAACUACAGAAAAUGUUUGGCUGAGGUUAUUGCUGCCAAAGGAGGGUCAACCAGAUAUUAAAUCCAAGGGUUCACAUACUUUUCCCACCCUGCACUGUGAAUGUUUACACGGUGUGUUCAAUAAAGACAUGAAAAAGUAUAAUUGUUUGUGUGUUAUUAGUUUAAGCAGACUGUGUUUGUCUAUUGUUGUGUCCUAGAUGAAGAUCAGAUCAAAUUCGAUGACCAAUUUAUGCAGAAAUCCAGUUAUUUCCAAAGGGUUCACAUACCUUUUCUUGCCACUGUACAUCUAGACGGUGUUGGGGAAAUAGUUUACCCAGCUACCCACAAAAUACCAUGUUGGUUUGCCAUUUCAUUACAAACCCUGUUUUAUUUCCUGGUCGUUUGGUAUUCUGUUCCCUUUCCACUUAAAAAUACAAGCUGCUUCUGACAUUGCUGCCUCUUUAGGCUCGUUUCCAUCAGUAUGGUGGAAAAAAGAUGGCACCAUGAGGAAGGAAAAUUAUUUGGAUAUAUUGAAGCAACAUCUCAAGACAUCAGUCAGGAAGUUAAACAUUUUGUUUGCAAAUGGGUCUUCCAAAAGGACAAGGACCCCAAGCAUACUUCCAAAGUUGUGGCAAAAUGGAUUAAGGACAACGAAGUUGACAUUUCACAUUCUUAAAAUAAAGUGGUGAUCUUAACUGA